AAGUGGCUGGGUCAUAAGAGUGGAGCAGAUCAGACGUCUUUGAACUGCACUAUUUUAUCUUUCUAUCGCAUAUGCUAAUGUUAUUACACUGCGUCAAACAAGUGUUGUUCAAAACCUUCCGGAUUUAAUUGGGGUUUAUGAUCUGCUCUGCGUAGACUUUGAGUUAAAGACAUUCAAGGCAGGCAGAAACUAACCUGGAAGUUGAGCCACGAUUCGCCAGUAACAAAGCUAUUUAUCGUCAUCAUCGUGAUCUGGAAGUCUCUCAACACAUUUGGAGCGGACACGAGGUUUUCAAAUUUUUUCAGCAUAAAUCUUUGAUUGCGUUGUGAAAUUUGAAGACGAUGACGGCGAAAGCACGGUUGAGGACACUUUACGCAGAUCUUAUUGUACAUGUGCUCUUUGUUUUUAUUUCAAAUUGGGGAUACUCCAAAGCGCAGAAUGGAAUUCCCGAAGGCGCUGCCUCGCUAGUGUUUGUCUUCGACACAACGGGCAGUAUGUACGAUGAUCUUAUUCAAGUUCGCGCUGGAGCGGCGAAAAUUCUCUCCACAACGUUAGAGAGGAAAGUCAAGCCUUUGUAUAACUAUGUCUUGAUACCUUUCCAUGAUCCAGCCUUUAUAUCAACAGAUGUGGGUCCAGCCAUAGUGACAACAAGUCCAGAGAAAUUCCAGGAACACCUAGACAAUCUUUUUGUGCAAGGGGGAGGAGACUGUCCAGAAAUGUCCUUGAAUGCCAUCAUCUUAGCGCUAGAAAUCAGCUUGCCUGGCUCUUUCAUAUAUGUCUUCACAGAUGCAAAUGCCAAGGAUUUUGAUCAAACUCAAAAGGUGCUAAAGUUAAUCCAGCAGAAACAAAGCCAAGUCCUCUUUGUAAUUACAGGGGAUUGUGGUAAUCAGACCAUCUCUGGAAGCUCAACAGCAUAUGAGCUGAUCUCCGCUGCUAGUUCUGGACAAGUGUUCUAUUUAAAGAAGAAAGAUGUUAACCAAGUGUUAAAGUUUGUGGAGGAAUCUCUUCAGGUGAACAGGGUAAACCUUAUUUCAACUGACACUGGACAUGCUGCAGACAAAACAUACUAUGUUCCUGUGGAUAAUGCUUUGGUGGAGUUGAACAUUGCUUUAAGUGGAAAGCAAUCAGCAUUGAAUCUAUAUCAUCCUGAUGGUCAUCUUUUCACUGAAGAGUAUGAACUUGAGAGGCUUUUGAGUCUGAAAGGUGCAAAGAUUGUCUCUGUGAAGAAUCCCAAGCCAGGUCUUUGGAAACUGGUCACAAGUAGUAAUGGAAGCCACACCUUGAGAGUGACAGGUUUUAGUUCUUUGUCUUUUACCAGUGGCUUUGCGGUGCGGCCAAUUAGAAGUCUGGAUGAAGCUAUGCUGCAACCAGUUGCUGGUUUUAGGAACUUUGCCCUUGUUAAAGUACAUGGUUUGAAACCUCCUGGAAGACCUGAACGAGUAGAGAUACUGGACUUACAAGGUGGACUGAUUGAUGAAGUACCAUUUAGUCCUCGCAGCACAGAUGAAUUCACAUUUGAUUGGGAAAAUUUUGAACCUCCUAAAGGACUGUUUUACUUGCGUGUGGUUGGUGUUGAUGAUGAUAGCAACGUUUUCUACAGGGCUAGUCCAACAGCCCUUAGUGCAGUGCUGCCAGAUCCUCCUAUUGUCACAGCACUAGCAAGUAUCGAGGUCCUUCCAGGUUCUAGAGUGGAAUUAUGGUGCAGUGUACUGACUGAAACUCCUGCAAAGGUCCAGUGGAUCAUGGACAGAAGAACUCUUGGGCCUGUGCUGACACGCAUAGGAUCAGCAAAUGUCACCUACAUCAUUGCAUCAAUCACAAGCAAGGAUCAGGGUCCAUACACUUGUUUUGCCAGUAAUGUGGGAGGUACAGCCAGUGCUUCUACUACUGUUAAUGUUAAAGUUCCACGUCCGGUUGUCGUUGAUCAAAACACAAGCCUGACACUUGUUACUGGUGAUGCUGUCAUUCUUAGUUGUGCACCUGACGGUGACCCUCCCUUCAAAGUUUUGUGGCGAAAGGAUGGCAAUGAACUGACUCCCCAAACAAACAAUUCUCUCCUGCUUCACAUCCAGAAGAGAAAUGAUAGUGGAAGGUAUGAAUGCGUUGCCACAAACACAACAAGAGAAGAGGUUCUGGUCGUAGAUGUAGUUGUUUAUGAACAACCAUCUGUUACAAUUCACCCGCCUAUCAAGACCUUCCAAUCAGGAAAUAGUCUAUCGAUCAAAUGUCGGGUAAAUGGAUUUCCAGCGCCCUCCAUCAUGUGGUAUAGAGAAGGUUUUCCGCUGCAAUUAAGUGAGAGAAUUAUUGUUAAGGAGGGUGGCGAGUUAGUCAUCAACAAUGCUCAACUGUCUGAUGCAGGAGACUAUGAAUGCACUGCGUGGAACAUUGCAGGGCAGAGCCAAGCCUCUGUUAAUCUGAUGUACACAGUACCACCCUCGGUGUACGUAGAUCAGGAAGAAAUGACUGCUAACGCUGGUGAGACCAUCACAAUUCAGUGUACAGCAAAUGGUACACCGAGGGCAAAGAUCACGUGGUAUAAGGGACAGGACAAAAUCACUACUAGUAGGCGAAUUGCUGUCAGCAGCCAGGGACAUCUGGUUAUCAAUGCUGUGGAGUUGAAGGAUGGUGGAUAUUACACGUGUCUUGGUAACAAUACCGCUGGGGAAGACUCGGUCACUAUAAGUAUACAAGUGCAGAUUCCUCCACGCGUAUCAGUCGACUAUGAUGAGGUUCCUGUGAUUCUUGGAGAAACAUUGGUGUUACAGUGUGCAGCAGUCGGUGUACCAAUGCCGACCAUCACAUGGGUGAAGGAUGAUAAGCCUCUGAGGUCAAACGACAGAGUCAACAUCACUGAUGAUGGAGCACUGAUUAUAGGGGCUGCUAUCCCACAGGAUGUAGGAGAGUAUCAUUGCGUUGGGAGGAGUCCAGCUGGAACAGAUAGAGCGCUGGUUACUCUUUGGGGAGAAGGAGUUCCUGCAAGUAUAACAACUCGACCUUCAGAUAAAACAGUCACCUUUGGCGGUAAUGUAACAUUCACUUGUCGAGCGAAAGGAGUGCCUCAACCGCGUGUCACCUGGCAGAACAGUUUAGGAAUUGCCGCUGACACCGAUCCUCGAGCCACAGUUCUGCCGUCAGGUGACUUGUUCGUACAGGAUAUAGAACUCAAGGAUGCAGGGAGAUACGUGUGCAAUGCGGAGAACAGUCUGGGGAGAGAUUCAGCUCAAGUCGCCCUCAUUCUCACGGGACUCACACCACCUACAAUUAUCAAACCAGACACGACCACCAUAAUUACCGACAGAGGUAAAACAGUUAGACUUCGGUGCCCUGCUAUUGGUAACCCUCGGCCCACUAUCACUUGGCAGAAGAACCGUCGGCCGAUUUCCAUGGACGGCAUCAAGUUCAAACAGAUAGAUGACGGGUCGCUGGUGGUCAGUUCAUUACUACCUUUUGAUUCGGGAACUUACCUGUGCACUGCAAAGAACCCCACUGGCCAAGAUUUUCUUAUCCUCACCCUUUAUGUGUACAUUUCCCCAGAGAUUAUUAGACCGCCGCCAAACCUGACUGUAGACGUGGGAGACUCUAUACUGAUGGAAUGUGUUGCAAGAGGUUUUCCUAUUCCAAGUAUUCGUUGGUUCUUGAACAAUAAACCUCUUCCAUACAAUGGUUCUGUGAUUGAAAUAGCCAGCUUAUCUUUACAACAUACUGGGGUGUAUCUAUGUGUUGCCGAGAAUAUGGCUGGAAAUGACACUGCUACUGCGACGCUUUCUGUCAUGGCUUCACCCAGUAUAGAGCCCAUAUCUCCUGUGAAAGUUACCUCUGAACGUUGGACGGAAUUGAAGUGUAAUGUAAGUGGAAACCCAAAGCCCAAACUGACUUGGCUACGACAAGAUGUUCCCAUCGGUGCGAGCAACCCGAAGUAUCUCGUUCUACCAUCGGGAAGUCUUCGUAUUUUCGAAGUAAAACCAUCGGACAGUGGAACAUACACAUGUGUGGCCUCCAAUCCGCUCGGUGUGGCUAGGCAGCCAGUGGAACUCUUUGUGCAAGUUCCACCCGAGAUUAUUAAGCGUCCUCAAAAUAUUUCCAUCAACGAGGGCGACACCAUAAUUUUGGAAUGUGAAGCGCGUGGGUUCCCUGUGCCACGGAUCACUUGGUACCGGAAUGGUAGUACAGUGGUGGCUAAUAUUUCGCUGGUGGAGAUCACCGAAGCCAGAAAAUCAGAACACGAAGGGAUGUAUCGCUGUGAGGCUGAGAACCUGGCUGGGAAUGUUACGGCUAGUGCUUGGGUUGCAGUGAAAGGAGAAGACGAAAACGUUGCCCAAACAGGAGGGCCAGAGUUUGUGGAUACACCUCAGGACACCAUAAUAGAUGAAGGUGCAACUUUUGUAUGGGACUGUACAGCCACAGGAAAACCAACCCCUGUGUUAUUUUGGGUAAAGGAUGGACAGCCUGUGGAUCAGCUUGAGCAUUUCAUUGUCCUGGCUAAUAACAGUCUGGUAAUUAGAGGUGUUAAGUCUGAAGAUGGAGGACAGUAUCGGUGUCGGGCCGAUAAUGGCGUCAGUACUCGCGUUGUUCAAGCAACACUCACAGUUCGAGUGAAUGGGAAUUGGAGCAAGUGGCAAGAGUGGGGUCUUUGCAGUAGUUCGUGUGGAUCUGGGUUCCAGUUUCGAUUCAGGUCAUGUGAUAAUCCUGCGCCCAGUAACGGCGGUAAAUUUUGCCCAGGGAAUGAUGUACAGUCGCAGCUUUGUAAUGUGCAAUCUUGUCCGGUGGACGGAAACUGGUCCACGUGGACAGAAUGGACACUGUGUUCGAAAGUUUGCAAUGGCGGUGAACAGACUCGGUCCCGAGAGUGCAAUAACCCAGCCCCACAGCACGGCGGUAAUGACUGCUCGGGAGAUAAGCGGGAAACUAGACCCUGUAACCUUUUCGCAUGUCCUGAUGGCGUCGGAGUCGUUAUCGGACAAGUUCACGGAACCGUGAAUAACGUGAUGUUACCAACCCUUUUCCUAUUGGCUAACCUCACUGAGACACCAACCAAUGAGACUCAAGUAUCGUGUUCUAUCAGCGGACUCCCUGGACCAAUCAGAAACUGGCUCAAGACAUUGUCCAUUCCAUUAACCGCCCCAAUCUACUGGGCUACAGCGGAAGAGAAACCUAAUGCGGAGAAUGGUCUUACCAUCACAAAAGGGCGCUUUGUGUACAAGACUUGGGUGCAUUUUAGCUCAGGGGAAACCAUGCUUAUUGAACACGAUGGAAAAGGGGUUAAUGAAAAGGGUGUGUUUGUGGUGGAUGUGGACAUCAAAGGAAAAACGCCUAAGAUUGCAUCUGAUGCUGAAGUCAAAUUUCCGGACUUUGCAGAAACGUUUGUUCAGACGGGCGUUGGAGAAAUAAGCUCUGCAUUACAGCGGGUAAUGAAUGUGAACGGGAAGCCUUUCCCUUUCUCGUGUAAUUCCUCCAUACUCUAUUCUUCUGAUGAUAAGAAGCGAAUCAGGUCGCUGUCUCAGACCGUACAAGUUUCUGCUGUGGAUUACAGCUUUCCUCAGUCUGAUACGCUGAAGGUAGAUAUGAGGUCAUCCAUUCAAAGAGCAUCAGUAUCCGAUCAAUGCACAGAAGGUUUGGCUGUUCAUCCCACAAGUCAGUUUUGUGAAGAUGUGGACGAAUGCAGUCUGGGUACUGCUUCGUGCCCAUCAGGUGAAGAAUGUGUCAACACUGCUGGCUCAUACCGCUGUCGUGUUAAGUGCGCCGACGGAUUUCUAAUGACUGCGAAUGACACCUGUGUCGAUGUGAAUGAGUGCGAGUUUGCGAAUUCAUCGGACUCUCUUCACCGGAAUGAUCCAUGUUUACAUCGGUGCGAUAAUCUGCCAGGAUCCUACAGGUGUUAUUGUAAGGACGGAUAUCACCUGAAGGGAGACCGAUGUGAAGACAUUGAUGAGUGCGGUACCAGGCUGUGUGACCAUGGAUGUGAGAACACUGAAGGUGGCUACAGAUGCUUCUGUUUCCAAGGAUAUCGCUACGUAUCUGACAACCAAUGUGUGGAUGUGAACGAGUGUGCCGAGAACAGCACUCUUUGUGGCAAUCUUCAUUGUGUGAACUUACCCGGUAGCUUUCAGUGUUUAGGAAAGUGUGACGUGGGCUUCAAAAGAACCAUGGAUGAUAAAGAGUGUGUGGAUCUUCAUGAGUGUGAUGAAGGCCGACACAACUGCAAGUCAAACCAGAUGUGUAUGAACACAUAUGGCAGUUUCUACUGUGUAUGCCCAAGAGGGUAUUCAGCCAAGACGGUCAAUUCACCUUGUGAAGACGUGGAUGAAUGUAAGCAGUUUCAAGGCAUUUGUGAGCAUCAGUGUGUUAACACUAUCGGCAGUUUCGAGUGCCGAUGUCCUGGUGGUGGUAUCCUGAAUCCCGAUCAACGAACCUGCUCAGGUGUAGACGAGUGCGCCCUUGAAAAGUUAAGGUGCGAACAACAGUGUGACUUUACUGCGCAAGGAUACAAGUGUUCCUGUUCGCGUGGAUACCGACUUGCUGACAACAAGCAAGAUUGUGUGGAUGUGGAUGAGUGUUCAUCCAACAGCACCAACUCGUGCCAGUAUGCCUGUAUAAACACGCUGGGAGGUUACAGAUGUGAAUGUCCAGUUGGUUAUCAUCUCAGUGCUGAUGGGAAGAAGUGUCAAGAUGUUGAUGAAUGUGCGCUGACGGGUGGACCUUGCAGUCAGAAUCAAUGUUAUAACACGAGAGGCAGUUAUCAAUGUCUACCUUCUUCAUGUCCACAGUAUUAUAACAACGUCGGAAGCGGGUUCUGCGUAAAUCAGUGUUCGACCCCAGGCUACUACUGUACGGCUCAAGCAACGCGCCAGGAAGUGUUUACACUACCGCUUGGAUUUCCCGCCGAUACCGACAUUGCCCGUCUGAUCCCAUUUUUCCCGCCUUACAUGGCUUCGCUUCGAUAUUACUGCCAGUUUCAGUAUACAUUCUCAACCCAGCCAUCCCCGUUCGGUAUCAGGAUGCUUGGAAACCAGGCGGUCAUAUUCACAAAAGAGAAGCUGGGAAAAGCGGGAAUCCAUCAGUUGCAAGUCACUGCAGAUCUGCACUACAUGGAUGGAACGCUAGCCUGUAGAACUGUUUUUACAGUGUAUAUAGACAUUUCUAGGUUUAGUUUUUGAACAUUUGAUGUGCUACCACAGUUAACACCUAUAUCCAAAUGUAUUUUAACGUUGUAAGGA